AAACUCGCGGGUUCGAAAGACAACAACGCGUUUCGUCACAGUAUCGUAGCAAGUCAAGUUUUUCUGUGUUGCUCUAACCGGUUAAAAGAUCUAACGAAAAUCUUUCAAAUUGAAGUAACAGGAAGGUAUGGAUGUUUCUGCAUCCCCGGCUCUUGCAGUAGCUGGUGGUAUGCCCAUGGAUAUACAGUUUGAAGCUGGAGCUUCUUAUCACAAUUUUUCACAAGAAGAUGCCCCAAAAGAAGAUGAAGGCGACAUAAUAUAUGGACAGUUAAUCGUCCUUGGGACAAACGGUCAACUCCCUACCGGCGAUAAAGGAAGACGGAGAAGUUGUUUUACUCUACGACGGAAGAGGAAAGCAACGGGCGUGAAACCAUCAGACCAACAUCAAGUAUAUCAGAAAGCAUCACAUUCAGAGACCUUUCUAAGUAAGGAUCAUCACAGCGUUUCAUAUACUUUACCGAGAAGUGUUGUAGUAGUUCCUUAUGUUCAUGAUGAUAACAGUGAUAUGUUCCAGAUUGGCCGGUCAACAGAAGAACCAAUCGAUUUUGUGUUAAUGGACAUAGAAGCUGGUUCAUCAAUCCCUACCAACCAUAAACCACAAACACAACCAAAACAAAGCACAAUAUCAAGGUUUGCGUGUCGAAUUGUUUGUGAUCGUGAGCAUCCGUAUACAUCGAGAAUCUAUGCAGCAGGUUUCGAUACGUCAAUGAAUAUUAUAUUAGGGGAAAAAGCUCCAAAGUGGACAACAGAACAAAAUGGGAAAAAAAUAAUUGACGGGUUAACAACAAACGGUGUCUUAAUCAUGCAACCGAAGAAUGGAUUCAGUGAAUCAUCCACGCCCACUCAAUGGAAAGAAACUUCUGUGUGUGGAAAUAUUUAUCAACUUCGUGAAUCCCGUUCUGCACAACUGCCAGGGAUAAGGAUGCCUGAAGAUAAUAAUGUUCUUGUGAAUGGAACGCUUAUAGAUCUAUGUGGAGCAACUUUACUGUGGAGAUCUUCAAGCCAUGAGAGGUGUAUGCCCACCCCACUACACAUCGAUGAACUCAUCCAUAAACUUAACCUGGGUCGCCCUCAAUGCCCCGUCGGGCUUACCACGCUUGCUUUUCCUCGGCGGAGCAAAGCAACUAAAGAAACCGAGAAACAGCCGUGGGUUUAUUUACAAUGCGGACACGUGCAUGGGAGGAUAGAAUGGGGUUAUCAAGGGGAGGAAGAAAGAAUCUGCCCCCUAUGUCGAUCCGUUGGUAAGUACGUGCCAUUGUGGGUUGGUGGUGAACCUGCUUUUUAUGUUGACAUUGGACCUCCUUCUUAUUGUUUUGUUCCAUGCGGCCAUGUUUGUUCACAAAAAACUGCUAUAUAUUGGUCACAAACUGCGUUACCACACGGCACACAAGCUUACAGUGCUGCUUGUCCUUUUUGCGCAACACCUUUAGAAGGCGAUUUGGGAUAUAAAAAAUUGAUUUUUCAGCAACCACUUGACUGACACUAUGUUGUAGUUUAACAGGGUUUUCAUUCAACCAGUGGUUAAGGUCCAUCGAUAUGUGUAGCUUCCGUGAAUUUGUUUUAUACUCGAAAUUUGCAUGCAGCGUCACUGUCACUUUGUUUGGUUUGUUUCUUCUAUUUUGUUUGUUUUUUAUUUUACGCAGGCGCCAAAAACUCCCGUAAAUUUUCUGAUAGGUAUAUCCUGUCAUCUUAGUUUAAAAAAAACAUUUUUGUGUAUUUAUUUAAACUUGCUGCAUUGUUUUUUGAAGAACUACUUUUUUUCUAACGAAGCGAAGGUUUUUUGCAUUGAUACUCAUGGUGUUCAUAGUGUAGCAUGUUUUACUAAAGGGGCCAGAACGCUACUCUAUAAAAUGUAAAUUAAUUUAAUCGGUUAAGGUAGGACUAUACUCUCUAGUUGCAAAAGGCAAUUGUUCGUUUCCUGCUGAAUUCCUAAUAUACUUUUAACCUUUGUAAACGUCUCAUGCAACAGUUAAGUCAGAAAACUCACACAAUUUAUUUUCAUUUUGUUUUGUUUCACCAUUCCGAACAGCAGUGCAACUGCUGAUCUCUGUAUUUUCCCAACAAACAUCAGCUUUAUUUUUCUCUGUGUUUUAUUUUUAUAUUUCGCAAGAAAUCGUCCAUGGCUCGUA